AUGGCUUUAGAUAAUCACAACGAUGUGUUAAUGUGUAAAGUCUUCCCAACUAGUUUAACGGGAGCUGCAUUGGAAUGGUUUAAGAAUAGGCUGCACAAGUCCAUUCCGAACUACGAAACUCUGUGCGCCAUGUUCCUAGCUCAAUAUUGCGAAAACAAGAAGCAGAAGAAGACCAUCGUUAGUCUCUUCACUAUAAGACAGAGAAGAAGAGAAUCGUUACAAGAUUUCCUGUCCAGGUUUAACAUGGAGGCCUCGGAGAUAGUAGAUUGUAAUCCAGAGACUGCUAUAGAAAUAUUCAAGAUCGACAUGAUCCAGGGAACCAAGCAUGAAGGACAACUAAUAAAGAUGAUUGUUCAAACAGUGUUGAUGGAGUUGAAGAGGAACGACAUGGUUCUAUUUAACAACUUGGUUGGAAUCGAUGAGCAUAUAAAUAAUAUAAUGAGAUUAUUGGAGGUUGGUUCAAGUGAAAAACGGAUUGUUGGUAUUCAUGGCAUAGGCGGUAUUGGAAAGACAACAAUCGCGAAAUGCAUCUACAACAAGCUACUCAAGGAAUUUGAAUGUGGUAGCUUCCUUGCAGAUAUUUCAGAAACGGCUAAACCACACAAAGGAAUUGUUACUUUGCAAAAACAGCUUCUUGCAGACACUCUUAAAUGGUACCCAGACAUUGCUGAUGCUAAUAGCGGAAUCAAUGCUAUUCAAAACCGAUUUCUUCGAACAAAAGUUCUCAUUGUGCUUGAUGAUUUGAAUGAAAAGUCUGAAUUUGAUUGGCUUGUGAGAAACCUUGAUUGGUUCGGUCCAGGAACUAGGAUCAUAGUUACAACUAGAGACAAGAAAGUCCUAAUUGAUCUGGGAGCUAAGUCUUAUGAACCCCCAGAUAUGAACCUUGUGCAAUCUGUUGAACUUUUUAGCUUUCAUGCUUUCAGAAUGAAGUUUCCUCCAAUAGGCUAUGAGAAGAUCUCUAAUGAUAUUGCAUCGACUACAGGAGGGCUUCCUCAAGCUCUGGAGGUUAUAGGUUCAUUUUUGUUUGGCAAGAACGACAAACAAAUAUGGGAAGAUACAUUGGCGAAGUUGAGGAUAAUGCCAGACGAUAAAGUCCAAAAAGCGUUAAGAAUAAGUUAUGAUGGGUUGAAUGGUGAACAACGAAACAUAUUUCUUGAUAUUGCAUGUCUUUUUAUUGGAAUGGAUAAAACAUAUCCAUUUUACAUGUGGGAUGAUUGUGGCUAUUUCCCAAAGAGGGAAAUUGAUGUUCUCCGUCUCUUGUCUCUGGUAAAAAUAGAAAGUGAUAACUUGUUGAGGAUGCAUGAUCAGCUUAGAGAUUUUGGUAGAGAAAUGGUCCGUCAAGAAGAUGACAUAAAUCCAGGAGGACGUAGCAGGUUAUGGAAUCAAGCCGAAGCAAAAGAUGUAUUUGAGGAAAAUACGGUAACUGAAAAGGUCCAACUCCUAAAUCUUGAUGUUGCGACGUGUGAGCAUGACAAAUUCCCGGAACAAUCUAAACUGCGGCAUCUCCAAAUAGAUGGAGCACAACUUCUUGUUGGGGAUUUCAAGUAUCGCUUGUUAAACUUAAGAUGGCUUAGUUGGCGAUGUUCCCCUCUGCAUUUUGAAGCAACCAAUUUUCAUAUGAAGAAACUAGUCAUACUUGAUCUAAGCCAUAGUAUGAUCCCAGAGAACUGGAAGGGUUGGAGUCAAAUUAUGAUUGCAAGUAACUUAAAAGUGCUUGACAUUUCAUUCACUGUAAUAGAGGAGCUACCUGAUGAAAUUAGGACGUUAAAGAAGCUGGAAAUUAUAGAUGCACGUCGUUCUUAUUUGGGAGGUAACAUUCCAAGUUGCACUGGGAGAUUAUCAUGUUUGAGAUACUUACGCAGCUUUUAUUCUACAGGAAUUCGAAGCCUACCAACAAGCAUUCGUACCCUUCACUUAGAAGACUGCUAUUAUGUCAAAGCACUGCCAGAGCUUCCCUCAAGUCUACAAUUUCUGUAUGUGGAUUUGCGGAGUUUGCAUGUUACCCCUAAUCUUGCAAAUCUGGUUAAUCUGCAAGUCCUGUGGUGUAAUAAGAUUCUUGACAACAUGAAUCAGAUUUUCAGUGAUAUUGUUAAAUUAUCCAAAUUGCAGAGGUUGGACGUUGAAUGUAGCGACAUUAUGACCCUACCGAAAGAGAUUGAUGCCCUUUCUGAACUCAAAUUCCUCAAUCUAAAAUCAUUCAGUAAACUUCAAUGUAUAUUGGGUUUACCUACCAAUCUGGUUGGAUUAUAUAUUGUUGGUGGUCCGUCAUUGGAAAUACUACCAGAUCUGUCAAAUUUGAAGCUCUUGUCGGAAUUGCAACUUUAUGAGUGCUAUAAGCUGACAAAGAUUCAAGGGCUUGGGAAACUACAAUCAUUGACGAGUUUGAGAAUAGAAUAUUGCAUUAAACUGACAAAGAUUGAAGGACUUGGAAAUCUAGAAUUGCUAGAAAGUUUGAGAAUAGAAAAAUGCAUUAAGCUGACAGAGAUUCAAGGACUUGGAAAUCUAGUAUCACUGGCAAGUUUUUGUAUGCGUUGGUGCCUUGAUAUAGCUGAACUUAAUCUGCUCGAAUGUUCGGCACCUCUAGCAUCCUCUGAGAUGAGUGGGUACAAAUACCCUGAAAAUAAACCAGAUCGGUCCAACUUAAACAAGUUAAAAAAAAUUGAAGUUGUUGGUUGCAACAAUCUCAAUAAGAUCGAAGGACUACAUAUAUUGGUAUCAUUGGAAUAUUUGAAUUUGUCGUAUUGCUCAUCCAUGGUAAGAAUGCCGAAUCUAUCAAACUUGAAAAUGUUGAGACACUUGCUGCUCCGUCAAUGCACGAACUUAAGUGAGAUUGAGGGCCUUGAGGCUUUGGAAGCCUUGGAGGAACUGGACAUCAGGGGGUGCUCAUCGCUGGAAAAAGUACCGCAUCUGCCACACACGCAUAUUCAGACGAUUUCUGUUAAUUAUGAUGAAGAUUUUUAUCAUUAUGCUGAACAUUUUGAUCAUUUUGAAGAAGAUUCUGAUGAUUAUGACGAAGAUUUCCAUUGA